AGACUGAUGAGGUAGAACGCUGCAUCGGUGACCAUCUAGACUCUCUGGUCCAGGACUCUCCAGCUGCCAUCCACUCAGCUGUUCCAAACAAGGCAGUGGAUUUGUUUGAAAUGAUUGAAAAAAUGCAGCGAAGUCGUUUGGAUGAGCAAAGAUGUUCACUUCCAGCUCCACUCAAGAGAGAAGAAGAGUAUAUUCCGUACCCCAGCAUCCAGGAGGUGUUACGGAGAGGAUGGCCCUACCCUCUCAUUAUCUUACCCCAGUUCGGGGGCUACUGGAUUGAAGGGACCUGUCACAGCCUGCCGAGUUCGGGCCCAGAAUUGCAUGACCUGCCUUCCCCUUGCGGUGGCAAAGUGAAGCUGGAAUGCGACCCGACGGCUAAGCUGUACCGCAAGCACUUCCUGGGGAAGGAGCAUCAGAACUUUUAUGCCAACGACGCGACUUUGGGCAACCUCGUCCUUUCGGUGAAGUACGAACAGGUGGACAGACAAGACAACCUCCGCCUGCUCCUGAGGACUCGAACUGGUACCAAGCUUGACCUGAUCCCUAUUUCCUGCUUGAAUGAAUUUCCGAAUGCUGUCCAGAUGGCAAAGUUGCUUUGUGAAGAUGUGAAUGUCGACCGAUUCUUCCCUGUGUUGUAUCCCAAGGCUUCCCAGCUCAUUGUUGCCUUCGAUGAACAUGUCAUCAGCAAUAACUUCAAGUUUGGGGUUAUCUACCAGAAACUUGGACAGACCACAGAGGAAGAGGUUUUCAGUAAUACAGAUGAGAGUCUCGGCUUCUUAGAGUUUUUAGAUCUUCUUGGGGACAGGAUCCAGCUGCAGGAUUUCCGUGGCUUCCGAGGCGGCUUGGAUGUCACAAGAGGUCAAACAGGAACCGAGUCUGUCUACACAAAUUUCCGGGGCAAGGAGAUCAUGUUCCAUGUCUCUACAAAGUUGCCCUUCACUGAGGGGGAUGCCCAGCAGCUUCAGCGGAAGCGCCACAUUGGGAAUGAUAUUGUGGCCAUUGUGUUCCAAGACGAAAACACGCCCUUUGUCCCUGACAUGAUCGCAUCCAACUUCCUGCAUGCCUACGUGGUGGUACAGCUCCAUCACAGCGUCCUCGGAGAGACUCUGUACAAGGUUUCCGUUACAGCCCGUGAUGACGUCCCCUUCUUCGGACCCCCUCUUCCAAAUCCAGCCAUAUUCAAGAAGGGCCCAGAAUUCCGCGAAUUCCUCCUGGCAAAGCUUAUCAACGCAGAGUACAGUUGCUUCCAUGCUGAGAAAUUUGCUAAGCUAGAGGAGCGCACCCGCAGCGCGCUUCUGGAGAGCCUGUACGAGGAGCUGCAGAUCCGCAGCCGCAGCAUGAUGGGCUGGGCCUCUGGGGAGGACGACAAGAUGGAGAACGGGGGUGGCGGAUUCUUCGAAAAUUUCAAGCGGGUGAUCCGAGGCCGUAGCCAGAGCCUGGAUACCAUGGGGAUAGCCAUGCGGAAGCAGCAGCAGCCGGCUACUCCUCCCAACCGCCCGGCUACCGCUGGCCUCACCCUCAACCAGAGCGUCGCCGAGGGGCCCAAGGCCAUCGCUGCGUCUUUUGCUCUACCUGGGAGAAGCCCAUCACGCAACCGAGGCCGUUUCAAUGGGCGCCGCAGUAGUGCCAUUGGCAUUGAGAACAUCCAAGAGGAAAAGAGCAAAGAUGUCGCCGAGAGGAUACAGAAAGUACUGGAGAGUCCAGGACCCUUUUGUGAUCUCAAAUCUGACGGCUCCUCUAGUCCCAGUUCCCCAGAAUUCCCAAACAGGAAGAGCAAGGUCCUUCCCGGUCCGACAUCAGGGUACUGCGCGAUGCAUCCCCUGUCUCGUUCUUCGUCCAACGUGAGCAGCUGCUGCAGUGGAGUGAGGGAGAAUGAAACAUCGGAGGAAGAGGAGAAUGAGGCGGACUUGAUGUCUUCCUUUGAAGGUCCCCUUAAGCAUGACUCGAUGGUUCAGAGCCAGUGGACGGAGGAAACCGCCUGCACACCCAGCAGUACCAGUUCACCAGUCACUCGCCUGCUCCCUCCUGCCAGCGCUGCCGGAUCCGCCGAGAAGGGGAAGGGCAGCAAGGUGGAUGCUCAGCGUUACACUCCAGCCUCCAUUUUGUGCUGUGUGUGAUGUCAUCGCUGGAGGGGUGUCUCAGUGCAUGCUGGGUAAUGCACAGGAUUCGCUGCCAAAGUGAGACCUGUGGGGAAACUCCUCACUCUGAAGGUCAGAGGAGAGACAAAUUCCCUGAAAAAAAACACCUGAUCUGGCCCUUCCGCUUCCUUCCGUGACAGUGGCUGCCACGGGCACCGAGGACCCCCACCACACCGUCCACUGUGGCAUUCGCUCACCCAUCUGUGUCAUUCCUAUUUGGCAUCCUCCGGAGGCCAGGAUACCACCUCAGUCAAAAGAGGGAGCCUCCCGUCUGCCAUAGCU